ACUUAAAUAUCUUCUCCUGGAAAUAAUAUUUUCCUUUCACAUACAAAUUUUUGUUUUAUGCGGUUUGAUGUUAAUAUACAUGAUGUGUCUUAUUCCAUACAAACUAUAAGAUCAUACUGGUAAUGAACAAAGUUGCAUGACCUCACCAAUAUGGCGACAAAACAUGUCCUCUGAUCUCUUCGUGACCUUUGAACCCAAGUAGAUCGUAGUACGGAAUGCUCAACGAAAACGCAUUGAGACUGAAGCGAGGAAAAAGAAAGAAAGAAUGUCGUCUGCCAUUGCUGUGAACAAACUUGUGAGUGGCCUUUGCCGGGUGUCAUGGCGACGGGUUGCGGUGGGUGCCGUUUCAACCCGCGGUUACCGUGGCGAGGCGCCCGGGGACUCUGGCAGUGAUCUCAUAGAGAUUCCCCUGCCGCCGUGGCAGGACAAGCCGGGCGAGGCGCUCGACAUCAAGCGGCGGAGGCUCCUGUACGAGAGCCGCAAGAGGGGCAUGCUGGAGAACUGCAUCCUGCUCAGUCUGUUUGCCAAGCAGUACCUGAACACCAUGACGGAGACCCAGCUGUAUCAGUACGACAAGCUGAUCAACGAGCCCAGCAAUGACUGGGACAUCUACUACUGGGCCACAGGAGCCCAGCCCACACCCCCGGACUACCAGGGCGAGGUGAUGGACCUCCUGCAGGAGUUCACCAAGAACCGGGACCAGGAGCAGCGGCUGAGCGCGCCCGACCUGGAGUACCUGGACCCUGGGAAGCAGUGACCGACGCUCCCCUCUCACGCGGGGGCUACACGCGGACAGACCCGCUGGCCAAUGUCACGACUCAGCUCCCGCGCCCCUUUAUAACAUGUACUCUUUAAAAUGUGUAUGGGGCAGGCUGUAGCCUAGUGCCUAACGUAAAUGACUGGGACCCGGGAAGGUUGGUGGUUCAAGCCCCGGUGUAGCCACUGUAAGGUCCUUGCAGCUGUCGGGCCCUGGAGCAAGGCCCUUAACCCCACACCCAUCCGGGGGGGAUUGUCCCCUGCUGUGUCGAAUCAAUUGUAGGUCGUUUUGGAUAAAAGCAUCAGCUAAAUAAUUGUAUAAUAUAAUGCAGUGAAUCCCUUAACUUGCCACAUGCCCGCUGGUUCCUCUCGGUAUCGUCUGUGCAGCAGUGGCGGUGUUAACGAGGUUUGUAAAUGUGCCGUACCUCCAGUGGGGAGUGUUUUUUCUUCUGCUCGUCUUGGUCGAACACGAAAGCCCUUGUCGGGAAACGGUGGUCCGCUGGCCUUUGUGUGUUUAACAGCCUGGAUGGAGAGGGCCUGUUUUAUAGCAUGAUUGAUGCCCUGCCUUUAGGGCUCGAGGUUUUGUGGAGUGCAGGGAAUGGACAGGCUCCUGUACCGCUGAGAAAUAAAGCUUUCUUUGUUCCCGGA